UUUGUUUCGGAGCUAUAUUUAGGUUUCAUUUGACAACGCGUCCUCGGCCGAAGCGAACGUGAAUUAGUUUUCUUUUUGUAUUUUCUAAUACUAAACACUAAUUUUGUUCAGGGCUUUGGCAAUAGUAUUGAAAUUGAAGGCAAGGUAGUUUGGACGCUGCAUCCAGAAAAAAACUCGCGACAGUGGCGUGCUGUGUUCCUAUAGAGAUAAUUAAAAUUUAUUGUUAUUCUAUGUAAAUUCGGAUAAAAGGAGACUGUUGUUUUAGUUUCCUUUUGGUUUAUGCCUUUGUUAUUUGUAAACAUUUGGUGGAUCAUCUCAGUUGAAAUUUCGUUAAUUAGUGUGAUUUGUGGAGUUUAGUAAAACUCAAACAUCUGAUACAAGCUGAAUACAUUGAUACUGAAUGACACUAGUUGAGCAGUGAAUAAAAUCGAAACAUCUGUUCUUACAAUGUAGUUGUGUGCUGAUAGUUUUUGGUUAAGCGUGGUAGAAAAACUAAACGCGUUAAUGACAGUGUACAACCUGUGUUGUUUGAGUUAUGGCCAGUAAUGGGGGAACUCUUCAUGGAGUGCCCCAGACACAGCAGAUUAUAGGUGGACGUUUGAGUUGCUCUCAGUGUGGAAUUUAUUUCGAGAGCGCUUCAUCGCUGCAAGUGCACAUGCACAAUCAUUAUGAGACAAUGAAUCGGUGGGGAACAUCAGUCACAGGAAGUUUACCCAGCUCAACAACAUCGUCGACGCCAACAUCUGAUACUGAGAAUAAUAAUCAACCAUCGUUGAAGUCACACAUCAAAACAGCAUCGCCGCACCAAACGAUUGCCGCGGCGGCUGAUUCAAGUGAUAACCAGCCAUCGACUCCUCAGCCACCAGCGCUGCCUGAACCUGGUACACCGCAAAGUUUUACAGGAGGAGCAUCCCCAUAUCAGCAACAAGGAACUAUUCUUGCUCCUCCUGAGAUGCACUAUCCUACCUACAUUCAUGGGUAUGAUCCAUAUUACCAUCCAGCAAGCAUUGAUUAUGCUAACCCACUUCCACCGUCACAUCCCAACAAUCAGCAGCAAAUAGAGUACAAAGCAGUGCCUUCCAGCAGAUAUCAUCCUUACAACAAUAACAGUCAUAGUAACGGAAAUCAUCAACAUGCUUCGGCACUCAAUUCAAGCAAUAGUGCUACAAAUAAUGCUUCUCCACUGACUAACGCGGGGUUAAGUCCACAGGUUGUCAGCUCAUCUAGUAGCACUCAAAAUUCAGCAUCGCUAGCAUCAACUACUGUAGCUUCAUCGACUACAACAUCAUCGGCACAAAAUAAUAAUUCUCACACUCCGCCAACGCCGUCGCCGUCUCCGAUUCAAUGUGAGAAAUGUGGUAUGGUAUGUGACACUGACGAAGCACUUAGUGAGCACGAGGCAGCUGUACACCAAUCUCAAAACCAGCAGCAGUCGUCUCAACAAUCUUCCGACAGAAUCAGUAUGGAACGGAACGAUGAUCAGACAAUGCAGGGUAACUAUCCUUAUGGAAAUCCUCCAACUUUCAUUAAAGAAGAGCCUGGUCCAUCUGAUAUCCUAGAUCUUGAUUCUCAAAAAAUGGUUUAUCCACCGGAACCUGUACUACCUCCAAUGAAUUCAUUGCAUCCAUUGCAAUCUAUGCAGCGCCAUCCAAUGAUGUGGCCACACGAUCCGCACAAUUUUAUGCCACCACAUCACCCCCAUGAUUUGAAGGCUCCAUAUUAUCACCCUCAAAUUAAGUCCGAAUACUCAACGACUCCUUCAAUUAAAAGCGACUACCCUCAGCACGCUGCAAUGCAAGUAAAACAAGAAUAUUCGUCCAUUGUGGCUCCUGCGCCGAUUAAAACGGAAUAUAAUAUUACACCGACUUUACCACCUACUGUGCCACAGUCAAAUCAAUGCGUGAAACCUUACACAGAAGAUUGUGAGGGCAACCAGUUGGCGACUAGUCCGUCGGAUUUCCCAAGCACAACAACACCGCAGGAAAGCAAUUCGCAAUUCAGAAAUUUUGAACCACCGACAUCAUCGCUUCCGAAUAAUGCGUUACCAACGAAGGGUACUGCGUGGAAGUCUAAUGAAGCUAGACGACCGAAAACGUACAAUUGUACUGCAUGUAAUAAAUGGUUUACAAGUUCGGGCCACUUGAAACGGCAUUACAAUACAACACUUCAUAAAAAUGCUGUCAAAUCAAGUGGACAACCGGAUCCAGCAACAUUGCCUAUUAGUGUUCACCAUCAUCCAGGUCGUGAUCCCAAUUACGCCACAAAAGGUAGAAGAGGAGCUGCAGCACAAAUUCAACAACCUAUACAACAACCGGUACCUCCACCUGAUCCUCCUAGAAGUCCUGACUAUAGUACGCCAUAUACUGCAGCGGGGUUUACAACCCCCUCUGGACAUCAAAUUACUUCGAAUCAAGGGUUCCACCAAUACAAUUCCAAUCUUCAAAACACCUCGUCAACGGUUCCCCCAAACGGGGAAGCAGGUCCCUCCGUCCAAGCCUCCCAACCGAGGGGCCUGCAGAUCUUCUCGAGCAACAGCAUGGAAACGCUGUCACAGCAGGAGCAACUGGAUCAAAUGCCUACUAUCACCACCACCACCACCACCAGCAUCCCAUCGCCGUUGCACAGUCAACACACCAUCAAUACAACGGCGCCUUACCCCACCACCAACCCUUUAACUAUCAACAUCAGCAUCCCAUCAUUCCAAACCAUCCUGCCGGAGGCACCGAAUUAUCACCAUAUUAUUGGUAAUCACAAUGCAACGCAAUCCAGCGCAAGUGAUAUGAUAGCAAACGAUCACUUUUUUCCGCUUAAUGGUUUUGACAACGCCAUGGCCGAAGAAAUUUCAUCAGUAGCACCAUUAUCAACGGGGUUUCCUCGAUAUCCGGGGGGCGCCGAGGUGUAUCAAGGAGAUACGGCGCCCCCCUUUUCACCUAAUGUACCAGAGCAGUAUCAGCAAACUAGUACGCUUUACAGCGAAAUGCGGUCACCAACACCACAACUGGCCGCUACCGCACCAAUGCUUUCCCCCGCACCUUGUUCGCCAAGGGUUUCGUCAACAGGUACAACUUUAUCAGUCGAAACUCGUCCCAGCGAAGUCCAUCGUUGUGACGAAUGCGAUAAGGUGUUUAAUAAGUCUUGUUACUUAACUCAACAUAAUAAAAGCUUCCAUUCCGGGGACAAGCCGUUCAAGUGUCAUCGCUGUGGUAAACGUUUUUCUUGUGAUCAAACACACGAGGAGCAUCUAGCAAAGCACGGCGGCGAAAAACCAUUCAAAUGUGAACUUUGCCCAAAACAGUUCAACCACAAGACGGACCUGAGGCGCCACAUGUGUUUACACAGCGGUUCCAAACCUUACGUUUGUGAACAAUGCGGUAAAGGUUUUAUUCGUAAGGAUCACAUGCUGAAACACUAUGAAACCCACAAGAAGAAAACCAGUUCAGGUGCAAAGAAAACAGUUAUCGAAAAAUCAGGAGCUAGAAUUCAAUCCAAGGUAGCAUACGUGGAAGACGAAUGACAAUGGGGCUUUAUCCAUUGUUUAACCCCGGAACCAUGAUCGACCAAGGUUGACAAUGGAUGACUACAGGAGCAGCCACUUUCAGUCGAAUUGGUAAUGUUCUAUAUUUCAUAACGAAAGUUUUUCAUUUUCCAAUAUGUACAUUAUGUCUAUUACAAAAACAAAAAAAAAACAGAGUUACCUUCUUAGAUUCUCUUACCAAAACCAGGUGCAGUACUCUACCUCAGGCUAAAUAAUUAAACUGAAACAAUCUGGUUCAUAGCCAAUCACUAGUUUAAUUAAAUAUAUAUUGAAAUAGUUUAAGUCAACAAGCACACAGAUCUACCUCAACAUUUAUUAUUGUUCUUAUUGUGCGGCAAUCAUCCACAAGCUAGAUUUUCUGCAGAAUAAGUAAAACAAAUCGACAAAGUUAUACAUUUAAACACGAAUGAUAUUUACACUUGUAUCUAACUGAUGAAGCAACUAAAGCAAAUAUAAUAGGUGUAUUUAUUAAUUGAAACAAAGUACGAGUGUCUCUGGAAAGGAUGAUUCAAAAUGUAAAAACAUUUUCAAAAUAUUAUUUUAAAGCAAUAUUAAUGAAUAAAGCAGUGCGCCAACCAGAAUAUAACGAGUACCUCAAAAUGUCACAAGAAAGAAGCUUCUUAACUGUAAAAUCUUGUUGUGUCUGUAGUUGGUAGGAAGACAGAAUUUACGGUACCCUGAUGAAUUAAAAUCCAGCAUGUACAAAUUCGACCGAACCAGACCUGUUAAAUGUAGUAUUCUUCUAAACAGCAACCUAUCGAAAUCCUUUUUUGCUGGUGCAAACUAAGAAAAAAAUCAACAAAUACCCAGUUUAAUUCGUGUUUGGCGAAGCAAUCACGGUUAUAUUUAGCAAAAAUAAUUGUGUUUAAAUGCGAAAAACUAGAGGAAAACAAAAAUCCUAAAUACUGAAACUGUAUUAUCAAAUGGUUGUGUUAGAUUAAUUAAUUACCUAUUAUUGAGGAUUACAAGCUUUUCGUUUGAGCUGUUUUCGAUAUCUUCCAACCGAACGCUGUUCUCAUAUGUAUUUAACGUGAGCACUCCACUUCCGCAACAGUCACAGUUUAUAUAUGUUCAUCAGUUUUUGCCUCCUUUGCGGCAACAUAGAAACACGCUUAGGCUUCCGUCGGGUUUUGGGAAAAGGGGGCCUUGUGUUGAUUAGCGGCGCGAGCGUCUAAAGUGGAUUCUUUGUCGUCUGUUUUCCUUAUUUCCCUUUCUUGCCGGACUGGUAACAGUAGCGUGUUCAGAAUCUUCUUUCCAAUAAUAUGUAGCCCUCAUUCCUUGUACAGAUACCAACAUUGUGCUGCGAUUUCGGAUGUGAUAUAAUCACUCCACCUUUUUUAUUUGGGUGUUUUAUCCAUCGCCGUGUAAGGUGAUUAUUAUCUGCUUUAGUAGGUAUUUAAUUUAUGAUCUUCCACAAAUUGUGACUUUGUUAGAUUUUUCUAUUUCUUAUGUAUAUUAGAAGUUAUCAAGUCGGGAAUAGUUACUUGUCUGUCAAAAGCAAAGAAUUCUUAGUUACCAUUUUCAUAGUCUUCUUAUGUUUGGAUCGAACUUGAACUGUUAUCUAAUUUUCAUCAUUAUAAUUUGUACAUACAUUUGUUCUCACAGUGUUUUCAGUUUUUAUAUUUACAUUGAAAAUAUUUUCAAUGUGUCUGAACCAGAUGUCGUGAGUAGAAAAUUUCCUGUAAUGCGCAACCGUGAACCGUAUAUACGAUUGUAAAUUGCUUAGUGACAAAAGCGACGAGAAUUCUUAAAAUAAGAUGGUUAGAUUAAUGGGUCAGAAUAAAUUAUUUUGCCAAUAAACAUAUGUCAUAUCAAAGAGAACAAUAAUAUUACAAGAAAAGAAAAAAGAACAUAUCCAAGUUUUGUGGAACGAAAAACAAUUCCUAGGUAAUACCAUAUAGUUUUAUCCUGAUACUAUCACAUAUCCAUCUUGAGUUUUAAAUGUUUUUUACAAAACAGUCGAAAACGAUUCAUAAGAAUUGAUUAUAUUGCAUCCCUUAUAAACUGUUGUAAGAAUUGAAUGUGAAUUUGAUAACAAUAUAAGCCAAUAACAGUACAUAACGCGCAGUUUAGCGAAUGUAUCAGAGUAAUAGUGUAAAAACCAAUAUAUCGUGCUAAUAUUAUGAAGCUUGUCUUCUAGAUCCAUAAAGUUGCUCAAGUAGCUUCAUUCAAUAACCAUUCCGAAAAUGAUCUUGUUCAUUUAGUUGUUACUGUUUACCAAAAUCAAAGCUAGUUCCAGUUCACCAACCAGCAUUGUACGUUAAUAUGUUUUGCAUGAAUUACGUUGCCAUCCUAUGUUUUUACUACUACCAGAUAGAAAAUAAGCAUGUUAUCAUUUUCAGCUCAAUUGAAAAUUAUAUUUUCAGUUAGGUCGAGUUACGUAAUUUCUGUAUAAAUUAACCUAGAUUUAAAGUAUGACGAGAGAAAUAGAUUGAGAUUAUGUUUAUCAUCUGAUAUAAAAUCGAAAAAAAAAAUAUAAAAACAUGUGAAUUUUAAUGAGAAAGACAAGAUUUAAAUUAUAUGGAAAAAAUAAAUAUGAAUUAACAAUA